CGACUCAACUCAACUGAGUAGUGACUCAGUCUCCUCCUCCAAAGCGCCAAACACACCACCAAAACUCACCAUCUCCCCUUCCCCCCGUCAUCUCUCUGCAAAACCACACGCUUCUCUCUCUCUUUAACCCUAAUAAUUCCCCGUUUUUUCUUCUCAAUUAUUACCCACAAUCCAACGGCCCACAUCUCUCCACGUCCCCAUCAUCUUCACCAUCUCUGUAAUCACCUCACCCAUUUGAUCCCCUUAAGAUCCCCUUUCUAGGGUUUCAAAACCCUAAUUCAACUUCUUGCGUCAAUCACACAUUAAACAAUCUCUAAUUGGCUAAAGUUUUGAUUUUUCUUCAUCUUUGAGCUUCCGAUUUUAUGGGUUUUGCGUAACUAAGGGUUUGUGAUGAAUUGGGGGUUUGUGAACUAGGGUUUGAAUUUUGAAAGAAUUUUAGGUUUUGAAUGACGAUUGAAAAGAAUAGUUUUAAAGUUGUUCCGGGUAAUAGAUUAGAGUCUGAGGUAAGUAUGUCUAGUGAAGACGAUGAAUUCGAGAAACGUGGGGCUGACUUAGACGAAGAUGAGGAUGAUUACGAUUCGGGUGCGGGCUCAGAUGACUUUGAUUUGCUUGAGUUAGGUGAAACGGGCGAGGAGUUUUGUCAAAUCGGGGAUCAGACGUGUAGCAUUCCAUUUGAGUUGUAUGAUCUUUCGGGUUUGGAAGAUGUGUUAUCAAUGGAUGUUUGGAACGAAGUUUUAACGGAGGAAGAACGGUUAAGUCUUGCUAAGUAUCUUCCGGAUAUGGACCAAGAACAUUUUAUGAGAACGAUGAAAGAGCUUUUCACGGGUGCGAAUUUUCAUUUUGGAGUUCCGAUGCACAAACUUUUCGAUAUGUUGAAAGGGGGGCUAUGUGAACCGAGAGUUUCACUUUAUCGUCAAGGGCUCGGGUUCUUUCAGAAGCACCGACAUUAUCAUAUGAUUAGAAAACAUCAAAACACCAUGGUUAAUAACCUUGUUCAGAUUCAUGACGCUUGGUCAAAGUGUCGCGGGUACAGCAUUGACGAAAAGCUCCGUGUGUUAAACAUCAUGAAAAAUCAAAAAAGCUUAAUUUACGAAAAAAUGGAAGAAUUUGAUACCGAAUCUUCAGAAGAAUCCGCGGACGGGUUAUGGAGUAACAAGAAGAUAAAAGAUAAUAAACAGAAGUGGGGUCCAGGUCCAGGUUCAGGCCUGGGCCGGGCCCAAUAUCCCGGAUAUCGAGCCAGUCCACCGUUAGCUUUAGAACCAGCGAAUUCCAGAAAGCAAAAUGCGAAAGGAACGUUAAAGGUUUCGGGCUCGAAAAUGUCUACAACCAAAGAACAAGCAAGCCCGUUUGCAUCUCGUGAAGCGAACCCUGGUCCUUCGGUUUCAUCAUCAUUCCUUCCUAGACAAAUGAGGGAUUAUGAAGAACAAACGAUGUAUGAUGUCACGCUUCAUCGAGAUCAUAACUUGAGUGAUAGAUUUGGUAAGAAUUUCAAAGGUUCUCGGGGUGAAGAAUUUCAAGAACCGUAUAUGGGUUUGCCAGUGCCGUUGAAGACUGAUAUGCAUACGUUUGGUAGAAAUCGGACCGUAAACCAGCUGUCUGAUAUCAAAGUGUUGACUGCGAAACCGUCUAAUUCAAGAUUUCCUUUUGAUUACGGGAAGAAGCUAAAACAGAGUGAUUAUAAUAAUCAGAAUCCGAGGGGUUAUGGUCUUCCACCAAUGGAUAGUCAACAAGAGUUGUUCUGGCAUCAAUCGGUAGGAGAACCCGUUGAUCUGUACAGGGCGGGAACGAAGAAGGGAAAAACGGUCAAUACACAAAGUGGCGGACGAGUUGUGGCAGCUGCCGAAGGAAUGCAAAUGUUAGCAAGAGGCGAAGAAACAGAGUCCGAUUCAUCUGACCAAUUCGGUGAAGACGAUGAUGAUAACCCUCUAAUGAGAAGCAAAUGGGCUUACCCGAGUGGUGUGAAAUCUGGGCCCAAUUUAAAAAAACCGAAACUUGGUGGCAAAAACAGCAAUAAGAACAUUAAAGAUUUUGACGGGUCGUUACAAAAUUCAAGAAAGAACAUUGAUCUUCGUGACAAACAUAAGGGUAAGAAUCUUUUUAACGAUGCUAAUGGUGAUGGUCAUAUUGAAGGUAUGUUUUUAAGAAAAACGUAUCCCGGUGGGAAGAAGCGAAAAGGAGAAUCGGGAAAUGACUAUUCUACCCCUCCACAAAUGCACAUAAACAAUUAUGCUAGAAAAAGUCAGAUGGUUGAAGGUUACAGUCAAGAUCGUCAUGAUAUGGUUGACGUAAGAUUAUUAGAAUGCAACUCGGCGACAAAGAAACGUAAAGUAAAAGACGAAUUGAUGUACAUGGAUGAUCAUGAUCAAGAAGGUCAAGGCCAAAGUCAAAGUCAACUUGACGAUGUCUAUGUUAAAAGCGUCGGUAAAAGAAGAUGGGCCGAUGAGAUUUCUAUGGAAAAUAUGAUUUCGGAGGCAAAUGUUAUGGAUAUAGCAGAGGAAGAUGCAGAAUUAGAAACAAAAACACAGAAAAAACCGUUUACAUUGAUUACACCUACGGUUCACACGGGAUUUUCAUUCUCGAUUAUACACCUUUUAUCGGCUGUAAGAAUGGCAAUGGUAACUUUGCUUCCUGAAGAUAAUGUUAACGAUGAGGUAAAACAAGAAGUUGUUAAUGGAGAUCAAGGUGUUACUAGUUGUGACGCUAAUGUAAACCCGAACGUCCCUUCUUUGACCGUUAAGGAUAUAGUCAACCGGGUGCGGUCAAACCCGGGUGACCCGUGUAUUCUCGAAACUCAAGAACCGCUUCAAGAUUUGGUACGAGGGGUUUUAAAGAUAUUCUCGUCCAGAACCGCACCUUUAGGAGCGAAAGGAUGGAAACCGCUCGUUUUGUACAAAAAAUCGAUUAAAUCGUGGUCAUGGGUCGGGCCCGUUUCGCAGACUACAUCAGAUCACGAAAUUGUCGAAGAGGUAACGUCUCCCGAAUCGUGGGGACUUCCGCACAAAAUGAUGGUUAAAUUGGUUGACUCGUUUGCGAAUUGGCUAAAAAGCGGUCAAGAAACAUUGAAACAAAUCGGAAGUCUACCGGAUCCACCUUUGGCUUUAAUGCAAGUGAAUUUAGACGAAAAAGAACGGUUUCGAGACUUACGGGCUCAAAAAAGUCUCAACACGAUAAACCAGAGUUCGGAUGAAAUUCGGGAUUAUUUCCGUAAAGAAGAAGUUUUACGGUAUCUAAUACCUGAUCGGGCUUUCGCGUAUACAGCUGUCGAUGGUAAAAAGUCAACCGUAGCGCCAUCAAGAAAAGGUGCGGGAAAACCGACAUCAAAAGCCCGUGACCAUUUCAUGUUGAAGAAAGACCGACCACCACACGUGACCAUUCUUUGUCUGGUUCGUGACGCGGCUGCACGAUUACCGGGAAGUAUUGGGACACGUGCCGAUGUCUGUACGCUAAUUCGGGACUCGCAGUACAUAGUAGAAGAUGUUUCGGAUGCACAAGUGAACCAAGUGGUUAGUGGUGCGUUGGACCGUUUGCAUUACGAGCGGGAUCCGUGCGUGCAAUUCGACGGUGAACGGAAACUAUGGGUUUACUUGCAUCGAGAACGCGAAGAAGAAGAUUUCGAAGAUGACGGGACUUCGUCGACUAAGAAAUGGAAACGGCAAAAGAAGGAGACGGUUGAACCCGUUGAACCGUCCGAUCAAGGCGGUGCGGUCACGUUGGCGUAUCAUGGAACCGGUGAGCCAACCGAGUUCGAUCUGAGCGUUGAACCGUCUGGCAUCAAUAACGAGUUAUCGGGUCCAAAGAAUGCGACUGAUCAAGGUUUUGAUGAUGGAAGAGAUGAAGAUGUUGAGGUCUUAAACAUCACAAGUGUUUCUUGAUGAAUUUUCUUGAAGAUGGUUAAGUGAAACAGUUUAUUUUUUCUAUAUAACAGGUGGUUUAAGUACUGUUUGUUUUCUAAGCUACGGGUCGGGUCGGGUCGGGUCAGAUGGAGACGUGAUUUUUAUGAGGUGUGUAAUAAGAAAAAUGCUCAUAAACGAAUGGAUAUUAUUUUUUUUUUUUUUAUAUUUGUAUGUAUACACAAUGUUUCUUUUUCUAGCGGAAUUAACAUGAUUUUUGUUUA